AUGGCAAUUCAACCAGAAGAACUCGCCAUCCCUAUCAUUGACCUCGAGCCAAUUCGCUCGGGGACCCCUGAGGAGGCUCGUAAGACGGGGAAACUGGUCUAUCAAGCCUUCCGAGACGUGGGAUUUGCGUACAUCAAGAACCACGGACUCCCCCAGGAUCUUUUGGAUCAGGCUUUCGACUGGAGCUCCAAGUUCUUCGCGCUCCCGCAGGCGGACAAAGACAAGGCGCCUCACCCGCCCUAUGGGUGGUGGCACCGAGGGUACUCUGGCAUCGGGCGGGAGAAAGUGGUGCAGAUGGUGUUUGACGCGGACUCGAUCUCGCAGCUGCGCCAGUGCCCGGACUUCAAGGAGUCGUUCGAGCUGGGUCGCGAGGACGACGAGCGCACGCCCAACAUUUGGCUGCCCGAGACCGUGCUGCCGGGGUUCCGCGAGUUCAUGACCUCCUUCUUCGACACCUGCUACGGCACGGCACUGAAUUUGCUGCGCGCUAUCGCCAUGGGGAUGGACCUGCCCGAGGACUUCUUCCGCGACUACCACACCAAGCGGGAUAACCAGCUGCGCCUGCUGCACUAUCCUCCGGUCGAGGCAGAGCUGCUUCAGAGUGGCAGUCUGGAGCGCAUCGCGGCGCACUCAGACUUUGGCACCAUGACGCUGCUGUUCCAGGACGAGGUCGGCGGGCUCGAGGUCGAGGACGUCCAUGUCAAAGGCAAGUUUAAUCCGGCGCCCUUCAUUCCUGGCACGGUGGUCGUCAACAUCGGCGACUUCCUGCAGCGGUGGAGCAACGACACCCUCAAGUCCACCCUACAUCGCGUCCGGGCGCCGCCCAUGGCUAACGGUAUGACCCGUGCCCGGUACUCGAUCCCUUACUUUGUCACCGCCAACCGCGACAGGACCAUCGACUGUAUCCCGGGCUGCUACAGUGCCGACAAGCCAAAGAAGUACGAGCCCAUCAAUGCCAGAGAGUACAUUGAGAUGAGGUUGAACGCGACGUACUAG